AUGGAGCGGUGGGUCCCGCUCUUCCAGAUCUUCCUCCAUUCUCCAUGCCCGGAAGGGGAGGCUUCCCUCUGGUUCCAGCAGCAGCAGCAGCAGCAGCAGCAGCCACCACCUGGUCACCACGUCACUUCCGCCUUCCUCUCUCUUCUCGAAGCCCCCACUGCCGCGGUCUCCCGGUCAACCCCGUCGUCUUCGCGGAGGUGAGCGGAGGCUUUCCAGAGUCUGCUUUUCCACUCUCUACCGUGGGCCAUCCCAGCUGGUUGAUCGAUUCCUGUUUCUUCUCCUGGCAUUUGAAGGUGCGUGUGGAUGCAGACGCUCCCGCCGGCGGUGCAGUCGCAGGUCCUCUCCUUUCUCGCCAUGGAGAGCCGCAGGUUCUGUCGUCGGCGUCUCCGCUCCCUCGCCCGUCAUAUUCUCGAGGAUGAAGCAUCUGGAGCUCGGCACAACGGGGAGUACUCCUGGGUUCUGGCGGCUGCCCGCAACCUGCUCGACUGUGUUUCCCCGUCCCAUGAUCCCAAAGCCCAUGAAGAAACCGGGGAGGAGGGAGGUGGAGAGGAGAUGGAGGAAGAUUUCGACAGUGUUCCUGCAUGGCUGAGCAGCGUGACAGCGGUAGAGAGCCCCCUUCUCCCUUGGCUUCCUCUUUCUCUCCACCAAAUUCAUGAGCUGGGCCGAAGGUCUCGUUUUGCCCAAGAAGAAGAGGUAGAAGAAAAGUUGACCAUGGAGGAAGAGAUAGAGAUGUCAGCAGGAGAGCAAGCUGGGGCCCAUUAUCCUGACCUCCAGAUUCUAAAUCCUGGUACAUCGGAGAGAGCACUGUCUCUGAAGGCCAAAAUUUUGACAGUAGCUUCUUCCUCUGAUGCACUGCUGAUGGCCAGUGAAAUCCAAGCCCUGUGUUUCAGCCAUGGAGAAGCAGAGAACCAGAGACCUCUUGAGGUCUUGAGCCUGAUGGAACCGUGGCAAGCGGAGGACGAGAUGGCAUCAGUUCUUCUCUCCCAUCUCUCCUCGAGUUGUUCCCUCGGCAACCCUCACGCCUCCGGCCUUCUUCUCGCUUCCGUUGUCCUCCCCAAGCUAAUGGUACUGCAGAGCCCAGCCUCUCGGGUGCUGCUCUCCACCACAGUCGACUUCUGCAAACUGCACCAGGUGGCGGCAACCAAUGCCCUCUUCCUCCCUCUGAUUCUCCUCAAGGAAGGAAUCAACAGCCACCUCUGUGAUCUCUUGAGCAAGAUCGUCAGAGAGUGCCUGCACCCGUCUCACGUCUCCGCCUGCUGCCAGAAGCUGCUCCGAGGGGCGACCCUGAAGGAAGAGAUCAUAUGCUUGCCCUCUCACCAGAGCUUGAUCUCAGAUUACCCAGUGUGGACGGAAUCGUUGUUCAGCCUUUUCCAACAGAUCCUGACUCGGGGUGUUCUGUUGACCCCGGAUGCGGUGGAUCGUCUUGUUUCCGUCGUCGACGACUCAGCGAGUGCGCACAGGAAAUCACUCAAGUUCUGUAACUUCUUGCUGUGCAUGAUCAGCAGAUGUCCCCGUGCGGUCAAGUGCCAUAAGACCUCUCUUAUGAGGACGGCAGAAAGGACUGACACGUUUGUGACGAAGUCCAUACUCUCGAAGUUGGGGAGUCAAUGA